CGACGUCACUUCCGGGAUUUCCAACAUGGCGAACUGCUUCUGCUGUCUUCGAAAUUGGAUUUGGGGCGGAUCGGGGUCAAAUUCUGGCAGGGAUGCCCAGGCAGAACAGCCCUCGGUCAGGUUGGAUACAUCACACAUGGGCAGUGACGUGGUGAUAGUGAAGAACUGCAGAAGAAUAUGUGGCACAGGAGCUGCACUGGCCAAUGCACCUAUUGUACAAGACAAGGCCUACUUUGAAAUUAAACUACAAUCUACAGGUAUAUGGGGCGUGGGUCUGGCCACAAAGAAGUGUAACCUGAACACAGUACCACUGGGUACCACCACAGAGAGCUGGGUGGUACGACAGGAUGGUACAUUAUACCACAACAAUGAGGAGAGGGGAAAGUUAAAAGAGGUUCCACAAGAGGGAGACUUGUUGGGUUUAAGCUAUGACCAUGUGACUCUGAAUUUCUAUCUUAAUGGUAAACAACUAGAUACCAGCUUUACUGGAAUAAAAGGAACCAUUUACCCAGUGUGUUAUGUUGACGAGGGUGCUAUUUUAGACGUGCAAUUUAGUUGCUUCUUCCAUGAACCACCAGAAGGAUACAACAAGAUAAUGAUAGAACAGUCCUUACUCUAGAACAGGAAGAAAUGAAUAAGGAAUUAUAAAAAAGUAUGAAGUAUGACAAAAUACACUCUAACCUUUUUAAGGGCAUUUUCUGCUGGGAAGUAUGCAUUAUAGUUAUUGCGAUGAAUAUAUGAGUAGGUGGAUGUUUAAUAACGUGUGUAGAAUGUGUUCAAAAUUUCAUUCCCAAGUAACAACAGUGUCAUAUAUUAAGGAUUACGUUGCUUUCAAAGCUGGAGACUAGUAUGGGUCCUAGUUGGAGAUGCGAGCUCUCUUAAUGAUAGAAGUGCUUGUGGAACACUGCUGCUGAAUUGGUGGAAUGCACCCUGAAUUUGAAAGGUGGACACUCACCCUCUUGACUUUUACCAUGAGUAGAAAUGAGUUUCCAGUGACCUUUGAAACUCGGUGUAUUGUAUUACUGUAAUGAAAACAAUGAUGGUCUCAUGAUGGUCAUUCGUGUGGUAUAUAACAUCAAAUAUACAAGGGUGAAUAAGGCAGGGAAAUAGCAUAUAGAUUUUUCUUGAAACGUCUUUGCAUAUCACUUUUUGUCAAGUAACAUAUACUAAAGACAUAGAAAGAGAGAUUAUGUUGAUAUUAGGAAGACAAAUUGCUAGCUUUAAGCUUGUAGGCUAGCUUGAAUUGGAAACAUCUGGGGGCACUUGUAGUGUUGUUUUAGGUGCAUGUUUAAUUUCUUGUAUAACGAGAACACAGUCACUAUGUUUCGUACAAACAUGGAUUGUUGACAUUUAUUUCAUUAACAAUUUUGAUUAUUUAUUUAUUUAUUAUAUUAGGAAUACUCUUUCAAAGAUACUUUUGAUUCAGAGAUAGGGAUAAAAAAGUAGCUGUAUGCCAUAGGGGUUCCAUUUGUUGGGAUUAAUUUCUUAUCAUUGUUGUCAUUCCAUCGGUGCCUCUGCUACCAUUCUGCCCAAGGCCGAAGGAUGAUAAUGAAUAUGAUGACAUAUUGUUACCUUUCAGCAUUUUUUUCUUGAUAUUAAGAAGUUUUACCAAUAUGUACAAAGGCAUAUGGCAAAUAAUCAAUGUUGAAGCAUUGGUGCACCCUUAUAUAUACUACAGUUUUGUUUCUGGAAAAGGUCAGCACAAGCAUUAUUAAUAUUGUAAUGAAGAAGGUGAUUAGCAGGUCAGAAUGGAAUCUCCUGAAGCUGGAGAGUUCCUGAGAGGAGAGAGAGAGAGAGAGAGAUGUAAAAAUACUGUUAGUUCAGAAUAGCUAGCUGACAUCAGGAUGAGGACAUUUGGGUGUUGUAUUUAUUCAACCCUCCAACUGCCCACGUGAAGAUGUAUGCCAUCAUGCUUGCAGCAUUCAGAUUUUAUUUUUAUAUCCAAAUGGAUUAUUUCUUCCUGUACAUUUCACCACUAUGGUUUUCUUUUCACCCAAUGUGAACAGUACUGUAAUUCAAGAUAUUAUUUAUUUUUCACUACUCAGGUUCUGACUAAGUAUCAUACCCGUGGGUAAGCAAGUUUAUAACAUUGGUGCAUAUUUUAAUUUCAAGUCCUAGGAAAAGAAUGCCAGUGCAGAAUAUGUACAAGUAGUUACAGUUGGUUCAUGUAAUAGGGUUACGUAAUGUUAUGGAGGUAUUAGUUAGUUGCAGCACCUCUAGCUUCUAAAAAGUUAGCUGAUGGUGAAGUUUACUGAUAUAAACAAGGAAAUUGUAAGGAGGCAUGGUUGUUUGUAAAUAAUAACUUCUUAAAUUCACUUUUAGAAUUUUUGAAAAAUUUUACAAAAUGAAUUUGUUGUCUUGCUUGAAAUAUUAAAAAGAAAAAGUUACAAGAAACUCCCUGUGAUAUUUUCUCUACAAUGGACUCUACUGUGAGCUACUGAUCACUAUUCUUGGAUGUAAUUAUCCUAAAACCCAUAUCGGCAAGUUUGACAUAUUCACCAAGUUGGUUAAAAUUGGUAGUUUUAGGUGGAGCCCAGUUAAAAACCAGCAUUCAAGUUUGACUAACAAUGUAAAUGUGUAUAUUGUACGGAUGUAUGACGCUUUAGCCGGCAGUUAAUAUGUUACUUGAGGAGAUAUUGUAAACUUUUACGUUGAUCAUUGUUGUGUUCUAUUGCUGUUAUUAUUUUUUUUGUAAAU